AAUAUCUUCGCCCGCGAUUUUAAUUUAUUUUUUGUACAUUAAUUGGCAAGGUACAAGGGGAAGUGGGGAGAAGUCGAGUGCGUUUAAAACUGUUGUUAAUUUAACUUUAUUUCUAGUCCACCAUCCAAGUUCAACUAUUCGAAUUGUUCUAGUUAUAGUAUUCCUGAAAUAAUAUGGCAGAUGAAGAAGACAGCUGGUUCGCAGGUGGAGAUGAUGAUGCACCACCACCACCCGUUAAAUCACUUAUAAAGAAAGCUGGAGCAGAGGAGGAAGCAGCCCCUGCAGCAGCGGAAGAAGCACCAGCCGAAGGAGAAGCUCCUGCAGAGGGAGCUGCUGAGGAGGAAAGACCAGAAGCCGAAGAAGAAUACUUAGAUCCCGACAAAUUGAUAUUGUUUAAACACUGGAUUAGGCCUAAAUUUCUACCAUACAAAUACCUCUACAUCUACAGACAAAACUACUACGAUGACGUCAUGGAUUACCUAGAUAAGAGAACAAGAGGAAUCGAUAGGGAAAUACCAAAGGCUCAAACAUGGGCUGAGAGGGUACUAAGAACAUUUUCCAACAGAACCACCCAAAAUAACACGUACACCAGAAGGAUCAGAAACGACUUGGAAAUGGUAGAAAAGACCAGGACCAGCGGCCAAUUUUACUACUACCAUGUAAAGAAUUCUUUUAACAGACAGUUCUCAAAACUGCUAUAUUAGACAAUUUACCAAAUACUAAAAACAUUUAAAAAAAAUGGAUAUCCAUCAAAAAGAUUGUAAAUAGAGUGUGUUUCACGUUAGUCUGUUUUUCUUUUUUAUUUUAAAUAAUAAGUAUGAAUAUUUAUAUUAAAUAUUUAUGUUACCAAGACUUAUACAUAUGUAUUCUUUAUCUAGUGUAAUUGUUUGAAAUAUUUGUUAACUAAUUACUUGGCUAUAACAUACAUAAUAUACUACAAAACAUUUUGUCCCUGCCUUUUAUAAAUAAAGCACUGCCAAUAUUUAAAAAUAAAA